AUGUCGCUUGUAGCAAAGAGACAGAAAACGAAUAAUGUUGUUGGAACUUUCGAGGGCCAGACAGCUUCUUCGCUUUUAGUAAGCCCAGCUGUGGCUCUUACAGGCCACGAAGGAACAGUUCUGUCUUCCUCGUUCAGUAAUGACGGGUCGCGAUUGGCUUCUGGUGGAAUGGACAGGAAUAUUCUCCUUUGGCGGAUUCCCUGGGGAAAUUUGUCUGAUUUGGGUGCAAUAAACUAUGGAGAAAUUACCGGACACAAGAGUGCAGUCACGAGAGUGAGAUGGUCCAAAGACGACUCCAUGCUUGUUUCUUCGUCUGCAGAUUCUACGGUUGGAUUUUGGGAUGCCGAGACUGGAACAAGAAUACGAAAGUGUUUGGGUCAUGAAGGAGUGGUUAAUGAUGUUUCUGUGGGGCUAUCGAAAGAUGAUGUUAAUGUGGAGGCUGUAAGUGCAGGUGAUGAUGGUGUGGUUUAUCUUUGGGACUCGAGAUACAAGAGACCUGUCUCUUCUUUCAGGACAGAAUUUCCUCUUCUGGCGACAGCAACGAGCAAGGAUGGAUAUAGGGUGUUUGCAUCUGGAAUUGAUCCCACCAUUUACUGUAUCGAUAUACGAUCUACUGAAAAGCCUCUUUGGACCUGCGAGUCUCACCAGGACACGGUGACAUCGUUGGUUCUUUCUCCAGACGAAGAGUUGCUCUUCUCUCGGUCUGACGAUUCAAAGGUUAGAUCUUAUGUCUCCAAAGAAUUUGUGCCCGAGACCACCCCCAGGCCGCGUCCGUAUGUGUAUGACGGAGCUCCUGCUGGUACUGACAACAUUCCGAUUCGCUUGACAAUGAGCAAGAACGGCAAGCUGCUAGCCUCCGGAGGAGGUGAUAAGACUGUGACCGUAUGGAAUUUUGAAACCAGAAGAAUGUUGGCGAAACUCACGGGUCACACAGGUACUGUGGUGGAUGUGGAUAUCCAUCCUCAAUUGCCUCUCAUAGCGAGUUCAUCUACAGAUGGAACUAUUAUAUUGCGCGACCUCGUGGUCUAA